CAAAUGUCAUAAUAACAAAAUGCCUACAAAAAUGCCAACAUUACCGAUGAACAGUUGAAACGUCAGCUAAUAAUACCGGUAUCUUAAAUGACGGAAAUUGAAUAUUCUAACAGGAACUUUUCAAUAUCAUAAGUCUGAUAUCAUCAUUUAAAUGAGUUGCCCUCGCCAUUUAGGGUUAAUACAUCAGUAUAUCUUGAAGACUCUCACUAAUCCCAAGGUUGUAAGUUUAUAACAUCCAGGAUAACCUCUGUCUGGGAAAAUAUGACCUUUUGAAAUACCUACAAUACUUUCCUUUCAGAUAAAUCUGACUCUAACUGAAAAAGCGAGCAAAAAUGGUAUCUGCCAAGUUCAAUUUCGGUAGAAAGGCCCGUAUAAUAAGGCUUUUGGCAGUUUUACUGAUCCUUGUACCAAUCUUCUAUUUGUUGUCCACUUACAAGAAUGAACCAGUUUUCAAAUCUUAUUUGAGAUCAACUGAUCAUAAACAAGUACCAAAAUUAGUUGAAGGUCUUGGCAAUUAUGAACCUAAAAAUAUUGAGGAUAAAGAUGGCCCAGGUGAAAAAGGGCUUCCCUAUUAUCUCAAACAAGAGCAACAGAAUGCUGCUGAUCAAUCAGAAUCAGAGUACGGUAUGAAUAUUGCAUGUUCAGAUGAAAUUUCCCUUGAUCGAACAAUCAGAGAUACUCGCUUAGAAGAAUGUAAACAUUGGGAUUAUCCAGAAGACCUCCCAAGUACUAGUGUAAUUAUUGUUUUCCAUAAUGAAGGAUGGUCAGUUUUAUUAAGAACAGUACAUUCAGUAUUAAACAGAACACCUAAACAUAUCUUGAAGGAAAUUUUGUUAGUAGAUGACUACAGUGAUAAGGAAAAUUUAAAGGAUCAAUUAGAAAACUAUCUAGAACAAUAUAAUGGUGUUGUUAAAUUGAUACGCAAUACUGAAAGACAAGGCUUAAUCAGAACUAGAUCUAGAGGUGCCAAAGAGGCAACUGGCGAGGUAAUUGUAUUUUUAGAUGCUCAUUGUGAAGUUAACACAAAUUGGUUACCUCCUUUAUUAGCCCCAAUUUAUCGAGAUCAUACAGUACUAACAGUUCCUAUAAUAGAUGGAAUAAAUCACAAAAACUUUGAAUAUAGACCUGUGUAUGGUGAAGAUCGCCAUUUCAGGGGAAUUUUUGAAUGGGGUAUGCUAUAUAAAGAAAAUGAAGUACCUGAUCGUGAAUUAAAUAAAAGAAAACAUAACAGUGAACCAUAUAAAAGUCCUACACAUGCUGGAGGUUUAUUUGCAAUAAAUCGUGAAUAUUUUUUGGAACUAGGUGCAUACGAUUCUGGUCUGUUAGUUUGGGGUGGUGAGAAUUUUGAGUUGAGUUUCAAAAUAUGGCAAUGUGGUGGAAGUAUUGAAUGGGUACCUUGUUCAAGAGUUGGCCACGUUUAUAGAAGUUUUAUGCCUUAUAAUUUUGGGAAAUUGGCUCAGAAAAAGAAAGGACCUCUUAUCACUAUCAAUUAUAAGAGAGUAAUUGAAACAUGGUUUGAUGAAAAAUAUAAGGAAUUUUUCUACACUCGAGAGCCAAUGGCAAGGUUCUUGGAUAUGGGUGAUAUAACCUCUCAGUUAGAGUUGAAACAACAGCUCAAAUGUAAAAGUUUCAAAUGGUUCAUGGAGGAAGUUGCUUAUGAUGUCCUGGAGAAAUUCCCGGAAUUACCCCCAAAUCUUCAUUUUGGUGAACUAAGAUCUGUUGCUGUUAGUAAAUGUAUCGAUACUCUCGGACAUGGUCCUCCAGCAUUGAUGGCUAUCCAGCACUGUCAUGGUUUCGGAAAUAAUCAAUUACUGAGGUUGAAUUCUAAAGGACAGUUAGGUGUUGGAGAAAGAUGCAUUGAAGCAGAUGGUCAAGGCAUCAAACUUGUAUUUUGCAGAACGGGAACUGUUGACGGUCCAUGGUUGUACGAUGAAAAUACUCAUACACUUCUGCAUAGAGUUCACAGAAAGUGUAUGGCUUUACAUCCCCAGACUUCUCAUCUCUCACUUAUGCCAUGUGAUAUAAAUAAUGCCUAUCAACAGUGGUUGUUCAAAGAAAUUCGUCCUAAAUGGUAAAAUCAAUCAACAAGUCUUCAGGUGAUUUGCCAUAUAUUGAUUGACAUCAUAUUCUAUAAUCUGAGAAUAUUUAAUUUGAAAUUUGAAUAUUUUUAACUUUGAAAUAUUAGUUGUUACGAUGGUUGAAUGUAUAUGAUCAAGAUGUAAAGUCUAAAAAUCAUUGUAAAUAAAACACCAUAUAUCAUUUGGUCAGACAAAUAUUGUUUGUUUUGUGGAAAAAAAAUUAUUUUUGGUGGCUUCCAAAUUCUAUUGAAUGUUUAUUUUAUUUGAUGUAAUAACCUUCAUAUUGUUUGGUUUGUAUUUAUUAUAAAUAUCCAUAGCGAAGGUUACAAUGUUGAUUGUGACAUUUUUUUUAUAUUUUCAUAGAUGUAAAUGAAUCUUUAUUGUAAAAUACAGUAUAGAUUGUUGACUUUGUUUUAUUGUACUUAAACUAAUAUUAAAUAUUUUGUAGGUAAUUGA